GGGCGCCCCCUGCUGGCCGUCGCCCCGCGCGCCCCCCAAGGAGACGACCGCAUCCCCCGGGCCUUCCAAAGUUUCCACGUCCAGCUGGGUGUCAACUACAUGAAAUCGGCCAACCUGCCCAUCGGCCGGCCCGUGUUGCUCACCAGUGGGGAAGGGAGGCAGGAGGUGUUUGUGGCCUGGCCAGUGGCAGGCUUCCCCGCGGGGAAGAUCGGACUGAACGAGGCCCAGCGGGAGAACCUGCGGGUCAAGACAGAAGACCGGAUCAGCGUGCGGCCGAUCACGGGGCCCGUCCUCCCAGCGGACGAGGUCCGGGUGGAGCUCAGGGACCACGAUGAGGAAGUGAACACGGAGGAGCUGACGAGCUGUCUUCUGAGGAAACUAGAUGGCAAGGUGGUAUCUCCCGCCUGGCCCCUGCGCCUGGCUUUCUACGGGCGGACGUGCGUCCUGACGGUCACGCGGGUCACGGGGGCCGACGGGGCCGUGCUGGACGGGCCGGACCCUCCCGCCGCCGACUCGCUGGACCUGUCUCUGUCCCUGGGUCGGCUGGAUCUGAGUGACCUCGAGGGGGUCGCGUCCCCCGGCCCGGCCCCGGGUACCCCAUCCAGGCCCGCGGAGGCCGACCGUCUCGGCCGGCCCCAGGACAGCCCGGCCACUGUACUAAGCCCCAGACUGGCCGGGACGGACAGCCCGGCUACCCCGCUCAGCCCCGAAUUGGCCGGGACGGCCAGCCCGGCCGGCGGCGUCAGCCCCGGGUUGGCGGCCGAGGAACCGCUGGGCGCCCUGGACCCCUCAGACAUCUUCUACUGCCUCACGGCGGCCACCAGACUGGUGCUUGAGAGACGCCCGGCCGGUGGGGCCGAGGCCGGGCCGCCCCCCGUCACCUACGACUCCAUCGGGGGCCUGGGCCCCCAGUUGCAGGAGAUCCGGGAGCUCAUCGAACUCCCCCUACAGCAGCCACAACUGUUCCAUCGCUUCGGCAUCCCCCCUCCGAGAGGCGUGCUGCUCUACGGCCCCCCUGGAACGGGAAAGACCAUGAUCGCCAGAGCGCUGGCCUCGCAAGCCGGGGCCCACAUGGCCGUCAUCAACGGGCCCGAAAUCAUCAGCAAGUUCUACGGGGAGACCGAAGCCAGGCUGCGAGAGAUAUUUGCCGAAGCAACCCUCAGGAGCCCGUCCAUCGUGUUCAUCGACGAGCUGGACGCCCUCUGCCCCAAGAGAGAAAAGGCGCAGAACGAAGUGGAGAAGAGAGUGGUGGCCUCGCUCCUCACGCUCAUGGACGGGAUCGGCUCCGAGGGGAGCCUGGGCCGCGUGCUGGUCCUCGGGGCCACCAACCGUCCGCAGGCCCUGGACCCGGCCCUGCGCCGGCCCGGCCGCUUCGACAAGGAGCUGGAGAUCGGGGUCCCCUCGGCGCCGGCCCGGCUGGACAUCCUGCGGAAGCUGCUGCGGCCCGUCCCCCACGCCCUGUCCCCGGACCAGCUGGCCCGCCUGGCCGACGCCGCCCACGGCUACGUGGGAGCCGACCUCAAGGCCCUCUGCGACCAAGCAGGCUUGCAGGCCCUGCGUCGGGCACUGAGGGAGACGCCGGACACCCCGGACCGGGCCCUGGCCAGCUCGGUGCGCGUGACCUUCGGCGACUUCCAGCGGGGGAUGCGGGACGUGAGGCCCAGCGCCAUGCGGGAGGUCGCCGUCGACGUGCCAAAGGUGUCCUGGGCGGACAUUGGAGGGCUGGCGGACGUCAAAGUGAAGCUGCAGCAGGCGGUGGAGUGGCCGCUGAAGCACCCGGAGGCCUUUGCCACCAUGGGCAUCGAGCCCCCCAAGGGCAUCCUCCUCUACGGCCCCCCAGGCUGCUGCAAGACCAUGAUCGCCAAGGCCCUGGCCAACGAGAGCCGCCUCAACUUCCUGGUGGUCAAGGGUCCCGAGCUGAUGAGCAAAUACGUGGGCGAAUCGGAGCGGGCCGUCAGAGAGAUCUUCAGGAAGGCCAGAGCUGUGGCUCCCGCGAUCAUUUUCUUCGACGAGCUGGACGCCCUGGCCGUUGAACGGGGCAGCUCUUCGGGGGCCGGCAACGUGGCAGACCGUGUGGUGGCCCAGCUGCUGACGGAAAUGGACGGCGUGGAGCAGCUGACCGGCGUCACCAUCCUGGCGGCCACCAACCGCCCGGACCGGAUCGAUAAGGCCCUGCUCCGCCCCGGGCGCAUCGACCGGAUCAUCUACGUGCCCCUCCCCGACGCGGGCACCCGACGGGAGGUGCUGGCCCUGCAGCUCCGCUCCAUGCCCGUCGGGCAAGACGUAAGCCCCGACCACCUGCUGCAGCGCACGGACGGCUACUCGGGAGCCGAGAUCGCAGCUGUCUGCAGGGAGGCGGCCCUGCUGGCUCUACAGGAAGACCUCCAGGCUCAGUCCAUCAUGGGAAGGCACUUUGACCAGGCCCUGGACAUCGUGACGCCCAGGAUCCCCGCCUCGCUCAAGCAGUUUUACGCCGAUUACCAAAACACGUGUGGACUGCAUGCCCUCUGAGCGGACAUCCUCUCCUCCACCCUGCCCGGUGACGACGAAUCCGCCUGGAACUGGCCGUCCGGGGGACGCGGGAGGGCCCUUGGACAGCAGUGUUGGCGUGGAGGAGAGGGUCAGACUGGACAAUAAAUAAUGAUA